ACAAACUUGGUUAUUGACAUUAUCCAUAUUUUUUUAACUAUAAAUUAAUGAAAAAAAAACGAAAUUUCUGUCACAAACUCAUAACGAAACCAAAUAUCUAUGUCUAUGUGAAAUACCGCAUUGCUACAGUUUUUCCAUUGCCUUGCAUAAGUCAUAAUUGUUAUUAUUUAGUAAUUAAAGUUUUAAUUACUAUAAAUUAUUGACAUUAACCAAUUCAUUAUAACUAUUUUAUAUAAUAAUAAUGUUGGAGUUGUAACCUGUACUCAUCUAUAUUGCAUUAUAUAUUAUAUAUUCAAUCACAAUGGUGCCAAGAAGCGUAUUUAGUCGUACUAUUUUAAAUAACAUUACUUGGCUUAAUGGAAAGAAGUACUUGAGCAGUAUACCCUGCUGUGCUAAUGCGGUUUCUGAUACUUAUAUAAAGACAGAUAGUUCUGAAAUAAAUGUAAUAAAAAGCACAAAUGAAGACUUAUCAGAUGUUAAUCCACAUCUACCAAAAACAUUUAAUUUAGCAGCCUAUGUCAAUAAGUCUAGAAUAUUACAAAAUUUACUUUUUCUCAAUGUCAAUUUAAGUAAAAUUGAAAAGAAACCACAUAUUGCAGAAAAACUUAUGAAACUAGAUUUUGAUGAUAUAAAAGAUCACAUAUUGUUCCUUAAAGACUAUGUUGAUGCUGAUAAUAUUGGAAUUUUUUUUACUAUUAAUCCUAUGAUCUUAUAUCAAUCAUUAGACGAUUUGAAAGUAAGAAUACAUUACUUACAAUCAAAAUGUUUUACACAUGAUCAAAUACAGCAAAUUAUAUCAAAAAAUCCUUUUUGGCUUAUGUUUAGUACAAUCCGUAUAGACAGACGAUUGGGAUUUUAUCAAAAUAAAUUUAAUUUAGUAGGUGAUGAAAUACGAUUAUUGGCUACAAAACGACCAAAGAUUAUUACUUAUAAUCUUCAUCAUAUAAACACCAACACAUUUGUAAUAAAGGAAGAGAUGGGAUUUGAGGAUCAUGAAAUGAAGCAGUUAAUUUUGCAGAAACCCAAGUUGUGGAUGUUGAAUCAGAAAGUGUUAUUGGAAAGAUUUCACUAUAUUCAUAAUAUUAUGAACAUACCUCAUGAAACAAUUUUAAAGAGUCCAGGUGUUAUUCUGUGUAGAAAUUUCAAGUUAAAACAGCGACAUUUGUUUCUGGAGAAAUUAGGAAGAGCUCAAUAUAAUCCAAAUAAAGAAAACUAUGUUCCAAUAAUAGCUUUAGCUGAAGGUACAGAUUUGGAAUUCUGUAAUAAAUAUGCUAAGACUAAUAUCAGUGACUUUAAUAUAUUUCUCAAAACACUUUGA